CAAUGAAAAGGAAACAAUACCAUUCCUAUUUCCUACUAGUCCUAUAGUUAACAUAGAGAGAGAGAGAGAGAGAGAGAGAGAGAGAAUGAGUGGAGUAGGGAAGACGGUGUGCGUGACGGGAGCGUCAGGGUACAUAGCUUCGUGGAUUGUCAAGUUCUUGCUCCAACGCGGUUACACUGUCAAAGCCUCUGUUCGCGACCCCAGCGAUCCUAAGAAGAUAGAGCACUUACUUUCACUUGACGGUGCUAAAGAGAGACUUCAUUUGUUUAAAGCAAACCUACUUGAAGAAGGUUCCUUUGAUGCUGCUGUUGAUGGCUGUAUAGGGGUUUUUCAUACAGCAUCUCCGUUUUAUCAUGAUGUCAAGGACCCCCAGGUAGAAUUGAUUGAUCCGGCUUUGAAGGGAACGCUGAAUGUUCUUGGGUCGUGUGCAAAAGCCCCAUCUAUCAAAAGGGUGGUGUUGACAUCCUCUGUUGCAGCAGUGGCAUAUAAUGGUAGGCCUCGAACACCGGAAGUUGUAGUUGAUGAGAGUUGGUUUUCUGAUCCAGAAGUAUGCAAGCAUGAUAAGAUGUGGUAUGUGCUAUCAAAGACUUUAGCAGAGGAUGCUGCCUGGAAAUUUGUGAAAGAAAAGGGUAUUGAUAUGGUUGCAAUAAAUCCAGCAAUGGUUAUUGGUCCUCUGUUGCAGCCAACACUCAAUACAAGUGCUGCUGCAAUAUUGAACGUAAUAAAUGGUUCGAAAACAUUUAUUAAUGCUUCAUUUGGGUGGGUUAAUGUCAAAAAUGUUGCCAAUGCACAUGUUCAAGCAUUUGAAAUUCCUUCAGCUAAUGGAAGAUAUUGCAUGGUUGAGAGAGUUGUACACUUCUCCGGAAUUGUUGAGAUACUCCAUAAGCUUUAUCCUGAUUUUCAACUUCCAGAAAAGUGCGCAGAUGACAAUCCAUAUGUACCGACUUACCAGGUAUCCAAGGAAAGAGCAAAAAGCUUAGGCAUUGAAUUCAUCCCCCUCGAGGAGAGCAUCAAGGAAACAGUCGAAAGCUUGAAGGAGAAGAAACUUUUCAGCCAUUGAGUCGUGGCGGAAGCUAUCAGGAACUAUUAUCAGUAGAAUAAAAUGGAUGUGAGACAGGUUGGGUCAUUCAUGUGUCUCUAUCUUGUUUCUCCUGACUAGAGCAAUAAGAAAACGAAAUGGUCUCCAUUUUGUGUUGUAACAUUUGCCCCAAAAGUUUGGAACCUUUCUUUGGACUGCAGUAUUGGUUUGGUAGAAUUGAGUUGAAACCUCA